CGAAGCUGAUGUUGUGAAGAGACCAUUAAUAAUAAAAUAUGAGCCCACGUCAUGAUGUGACGGUAGUUACAAGUCAACCACAUAGAGACAUAUAUGGCUUCAUUUUAACAAUCUUUGAAGUAAUUGGUUGUUGCUUUGAAGGGAAGUAAAACGUUCUCCACUCGUUUCAUCAUCAUACUUUCAUUCUGCACAAUGAAGUCGUGCGUCGAGCUUCUCUUUGUUUCUCUGCUGACAUUAUGUGAAGCACAAGGAACCAUUGUGACUCCUGUGUUUGUGCUGAAGGGACGUGAUCUGCUCCUCAAGCUUCAUGCUGAUCCUCCUGAGGGGUUUUUACUUGUUAACUGGAAAAUCAAUAAAACAGUCACUUUAGUGAGAUUUGAUCCUAGUGGGAAACCAACUGUCAUUCAUAAUGUCACUGGAGGGUUUGAGUUUCCUGAGAAUAAAUUCUCUGUGAUAUUGAAGAAUGUACAAGAGGUCGACAGUGGAGUUUAUUCUGCUGUAGCAGGAACACUUGAAGGAGACAAACUACUGACUGAAUACAAGGUCACAGUUCAAGGACCAGUGUCUCCAGUUGAACUGAUCGUGGACCGAGUGGACAACAGCUCAGAGUCAUGUGACCUCCAUGUGACCUGCAGGACUCACAACUCAAACAUCAACAGCACUUUCAGUUGUGUCGACUGGUUCUGCAGUCAGGAGGGAGGAGAGCGACCAGAGGUCACGACCUCUGGGGCUUCUCUCCAGGUCUACCUGUCGAACAACGUGAUCAUCUGUAACCAUAGCAACCAGGUUCACUGGACCCACGACUUUGAUAUAACUGAACACCUUUGCCCCUCAAAUCCUGCUGAACACCUUUGCUCCGACCAUGCUGGUCCGGUGCUUCCCUCCGUGUUCCUGGUGAAGAUGGUGGUGUUCUCUGUGGGUCUGAUCAUCAUGGUGUCUGCCGUCAUCACUGUUCACCUCGUGGACUUCAAGAAGCACCAACAAAGAAAUGGAUGUCAAACACGUCACGCUGCCCGGGAGGAAAGCUCCCACUUAAAGGUCACCUUCUAAACCCGUGAUGAUGCUCCACUGACUCACAGCUGGUGGCAGCAACACACCAGGAGAAGAAAAGAGGAAGACGAGCGCAGAGCAGCAAACAUGGACGCAAACUAUUUAGGAUUUAAAGGAUUUAUAAAUUCAGCUUUGCAGAUAUUUCCUGGGGAAGGAAAGACAUUAAAAACGUGGACUCAAAGAUGCAUUUUGGCAAGAAAAAACUUCACGUAAAAACCAUAGUUCACCUUUAAAACAAAUGCUGAUAAUCCAUUGAUUGUACACAAUAUAUCACACACACAAGACCAUGUCAAUAUGUUUUCGGUGGAUAUUAUCUUGAAUGUUUAAUAAAGACCAACUAUAUGUAAGCAAAUAACCUUAAAUAUACUGUAUUAUACUGCAUACGGUCCCAUUGACCAAUGAAUACAUUGCAUAUCUGUCUGCUUGUACAGUAUUUACUUGUACAUAAUUCUGUUCAGCAGGUUUUGUUUUGGGUGGAAACUUAGAACUUGUUGAAGCUUCAUACUGAUCUUGUGUUUCAGUGAUUAAAAGGUCACGUGUUCCUC